UUCAUAGAUUGGAUUCAAAGCUCAAAUACUCUGAUAAAAUUCGAUGGUGAGAUUAUCUGGUGACUUGAUUUCUGUAGGUUGCCAAGCUAGGCGUUAUAUUGUUAUCGAACGAGUGGAGCAGCAUUUUGGAGUUUCGGUGGACGACGCUCCACGUUUCGUUGAAAUGUCAUAUUGUUUUCACAGAUGAUCGAGAGAAAAAAUUCGGAUCGCUUUUUGAAGUUCUGAGUGAGUGAUAUAUUCGGACAAAUAUUCGUACCGCUGAUCGAAAUGCCGAAGAAAUUCGUGGGUGAAAACAGCAAGGCUGUUGCAGCUAGGGCGCGAAAAGCGGCCGUUAAGGACGCCGAGAUUUCAAAAAAAGCCCAAGAAGCCGAGGACAAGGCGUGGCAAGAUGACGACAAACAAUUGCAAAAGAAAAAACAGAAACAGGAGGAGAUGGAGAAGAAGCGCUUGCAGCAACUCGAGAAAAAAGCUGAGGCAAAGGCCCUCCUGGAGAAAGAAAUGUCCAGUAUAAAGGUCGGUGGCAAACAAACAGCGGCGAAAUUGACGAGAGCCGAAAUUCAAGCCGAAACCGAAAGGAGGAAUCAAGCGGCUCAGAAGAAGAAGGAAGAGGAACCCGAACUCCCCCUGGAAGAGAACAUCAACCGAAUCGUCCUCGACGGAGAAACCGCCCACGGUAUCGACGAGGCCUUAACGGUUCUAGGCGCGAAGGAUUCGGAAACCGACCGCCAUCCUGAGAAAAGACUGAAGGCCGCUUACACCGCAUUCGAAGAGCGUAUGAUGCCUUUGAUCAAGGAACAGAAUCCCACCCUGCGAUUGAGUCAGUUGAAACAGAUUCUGAGAAAAGAAUGGAUGAAAUCGCCGGACAAUCCGUUGAACCAAAGACUCCAGAAUCGCUAAAAUGUACUCGAGGUCGGUCGAAGUUCCCAUUACUGUGGAAUAAAUUGCCGCAAGGUAUUCUAUCCUAGCUCUCGUCGUGGGCACGUAUCGAAGAUGGAAAUGUGAUUAUAUGAAAAAAAAAAGAACAAUUCUUUAUUGUAAAUGAAUAAUAAAUUAUGCUUCGGAAGGAUAUUACUUACAAUGCGAUAGAAAAA